UGUGAGCUGAGCUGUUUCGGGCCCAGGACCAUGUAGCUGAUCCUGCCAAGCCGCGCAGUGCGCUCCUGCCCCUGCUCUUGCACACACCGCACCACAGACGUGCACUUCUGCUCGCGCUGCAGCUCGUGCGUUCACACCUGCGCCCGCACAGCGCACUUCAGGCCGAGAGCGCGCAAGUGCACGCGGGAUUUGCGCUCUUAUUUCUGCACCUUUUGUUGCCAAAAAACAGCGCCAGAGAGUGAGGCGGAGCGCGGAAGGAGAAGCAGCUUUUCUCAGGAGAGAGAGGAGCUGUAGAUUUAUGGAGGGAGGGAGCGAGAACGAAGGCAAAGUCUUUUGUGCUUCCCCUCCCCCCCACCGGAGCAAAGGGGAAAUGUCCGUGUCCAGACCAGGAGGUAAGAAGAAACCACCAAAGCUUGAUCAGUCGCUGUUUGUCCAGCGACCUGCCGCUGCUACACCCCCGAGAGACUUGGACUCCAAAGCCUGUGUUACCAUAGAUGAUAAGAAUUUCGAGGUGAAGGCGGAUGAUCUGGAGCAGAUCGAAGAGCUGGGCAGGGGGGCGUAUGGAGUGGUGGACAAGAUGAGGCACGUGCCCAGCGGCGUCAUCAUGGCCGUCAAGAGAAUCCGGGCGACUGUGAACAGUCAGGAGCAGAAGCGGCUGCUGAUGGAUCUGGAUAUUUCCAUGAGAACGGUGGACUGCUUCUUCACGGUGACGUUCUACGGUGCAUUAUUCAGAGAGGGUGACGUGUGGAUUUGUAUGGAGCUCAUGGACACCUCACUGGAUAAGUUUUACAAACAGGUCCACGAGAAGGGCAAGACCAUCCCAGAAGAUAUUCUGGGCAAGACGGCCGUCUCUAUCGUGAAAGCUUUGGAGCACCUGCACAGCAAGCUGUCCGUCAUCCACCGAGACGUCAAACCGUCCAACGUGCUGAUUAACAUGCAGGGACAGGUGAAGAUGUGUGAUUUUGGGAUCAGUGGCUACCUGGUGGACUCUGUGGCUAAAACCAUGGAUGCUGGAUGCAAGCCCUACAUGGCACCCGAGAGAAUAAACCCGGAGACCAAUCAGAAAGGCUACAACGUCAAGUCUGAUAUCUGGAGUUUAGGAAUCACCAUGAUCGAGCUGGCUAUCCUGCGUUUCCCGUACGAUUCGUGGGGGACGCCGUUCCAACAGCUGAAGCAGGUCGUGGAGGAACCGUCCCCACAGCUCCCGGCCGAUCGCUUCUCACCCGAAUUUGUGGACUUCACGACACAGUGCUUAAAGAAGAAUUCCAAAGAGCGGCCAAACUACACAGAAUUAAUGCAACACCCCUUUUUCACCCUCCACGACGCCAAAGAGACGGACGUGGCCAGCUUCGUCAAGCUCGUCCUGGGCGACUGAGUGCCUCUUCUGCUCUGCCCCCUACGUCGCUGAGGACUUAUUCCACAUAAACAAAACAAACAAACAAAAUACAAACAACCACCGAUUAUUGCAAGACUGACACCUGUAAGCCACGCCCGCUCGGGCCAGCAGUACAGGGAAAGGCUGGGGGAAUUAGUGAGGGGUGGAGACUGAACCUAAGAGGGUGGGUGCAUUUCCCAGGAGCACACAGGAGAAAAUGGGCAGGGGACGGGUGUGUGUGUGUGUGAGUGAAUGAGUGAUGGUGUUCAUGUCAAAGGAGGGUGUACCGGUCCAAAUAUGAUUUUUUUCCCCCCCUCAACACCCCAUAUUAAAAUGUUUAAAAUCUGCUAAACUGGUAUCUUAAACUGGCGUCCCUUAAUUACACAACGAAUGACCGAUCUGUAGAUUUGUGAUAUGAUACGUUUUGAGUUUGUGGAUCUGCUAUGCGUACUUAUUUCUGGGACGUGUUAUUAUUAUUAUUAUUAAAGGGUAUGAUGAAUUUAUUACGGAUAUAUAUCGUGGCUUUGUUUGGAAUAGAUGCGAAAUGACUUCUUUCUUUCUCGGAGGUGGACGUGCGUCGGUGCGUGGCGCUUUUAGAAGCUGAUCUCAGGUCAGUUUAUUGAAGAGGGUCGGUAAUUAGACCUCGAGUUUGUUACUUUAAUUACUUUAGAAUUUAGGGAAGUUAGUUUUCUACAGUACGUCUCGCCGAGACCCCCAAAUGGACGACGUUUCUGCUCUUUCCAGCUCACAAUAAUUAAAUCUCCGGGUCUCAGAUGGACUGGAAAACGCCCUGGCUGUCUUAUUAUCUGGCUAACUGUGAGGGCUAGAGUUAUCCAGAAUUAAAGCAAAAAUAUGGGCCACGUAAGGGGGUCUUAUUGGUUAAACCUGGCUUAAAUUAUCCAGCUAAUUAACAGUUUAUGGAGCAGAAGGUUUCCUAUACAUAGUGAAGAAAAAUCCCAGUUUAAAUUAUCCACACUAAUCUGUACGGACCUGUAUGUUGAUUAAUCUAACCUGUCCAGGUGUGCUAGAAAAUGAGACGUGAUCCUUAUAGGGUGCAGAUCCCCAUAAGUCCUGGCGUACAUUAUGUUUUUGGACUGGACAAUGCCCAGGCUGCCAAAAGUCUGACCCCUUUAGGCAUCUUCAUAAGAAGCGAGAGCAGAAAUACAGACCGCAUUGGAGCCGCCAGUGGUCAUAUUGGUCAAACCAGGCUUAAAUUAUUCAUCUAAUUAACGGUGUUAGGAGCAAAAGGUUCCCUAUAGAUUGUACAGAAUUGUAUAUUGAUUGAUCUAACUUGUCCAGGUUUGCUAGAAGAGGAAAAGGGGUCCUUAUGGGGUGCAGAUCCCCAUAAGUCCUGGUAUACAUUAUGUUUCUGGACUGGACAAUGCCCAGGCUGCCUGGCUAAAGUCAUCCAGCAUUCUGACCCCUUUAGGCAUCUUCAUAAGAAGCGAGAGCAGAAAUACGGACCAUGUUAGAGCCGCCAGUGGUCAUAUUGGUUAAACCAGGCUUAAAUUAUGCACCUAAUUAACAGUGUUGGGAGCAAAAGGUUCCCUAUAGAUUGUGCAGAAUUGUAUAUUGAUUAAUCUAACCUGUCCAGGUGUGCUAGAAUAUGAGAAAGGGUCCUUAUGGGGUGCAGAUCCCAAUAAGUCCUGGUGUACAUUAUGUUUCUGGACUGGGAAAUGCCCAGGCUGCCUUCCCUUUAAGCAUCUUCAUAAAAAAAGCGAGAGCAGAAAUACGGACCACGUUAGAGUCCGUAUCAGGGGUCAAAUUGGUCAAACCAGGCUUAAAUUAUCCAUAGUAGGGAAAAAUCCCAGUCUAGGUUAUCCACACUAACUUGUACGGACCUGUAUGUUGAUCCAUCGGACCUGUCCAGGGUCCCUAUGGGGUGCGGAUUAAAUAGUUCUGGUUUAUAUUAUUCGGCCAUAAACCUGGAUGAGAAAAAAUGAAGUGGCCUUCUAAUUAAGAUUAAAUUCUAGAUUCAUUUAUCUGGGGUUUCUUGGUGUCCGAAUUAGGAAAAUCUCACCCCAAGCCUUUUCGUAUCACCCGUAGAGUGGGUUGGGAGCUGGAUUAAGCUAAAUGUGGAUCUCCUGGGGCUGUGUAGAAUUUAGGAUUGAUUAAUGUUCACUUAAGAUAUCUCAGUUAGCUGUAAAUGUUCUUUUGUUUGGUGUGUGGAUCGGAAAGCUCUGUUUAAACAUCCAGCUAACUGUGAUACCUUAAGUACAGUACGCUGGGUAAUUAACAUGUAUAUGGGCCCCUAAUGAGCAGACCGGUUAGUAAUCUGGCUAAUCCUGGCUGGUGCGUUUCGAAUCACAUACCCUUCAUGAACUGUGGUCGUACGUGUGCCCGUGUGCGCGCCUCUGUAUGUAUUAAGGUUAUCUGGGGGAAAUUUUUGGUAUCUUUUUGGUCUCUUGCUUCAUUUAGUCCUCUGUUCUGAGCCAAUCAAGAGAGUUCUCGCUCUGUGUUCAACUGCAAUUCAACUGGAAAUUAUUAUUAGCGUUAUGGUUAUGAUGAUCUAUGGUUAUUAUUACGAUACCCCUCUAUAUACACAUACGAGUAAGUACAAACGUAUUAACCCGCCUCGAGGUGUUUUGCAGUUUCUGUAUUUAUUGUAACUGCUGUUUAUUUUCUCAUUGAAAACUUGACUUUGUUUCUUUUUCAUUGUAAUGUGUGUGUAAGUGGGAAUGCUGGGUGGGGUGAGGUGAUUGAGGUAAGUGGAUGGGUGGGUGAGUGAGUGGAUGUAUGAGUGAACGAGAGAGUGAAUGGCUGAGUAUUGUAUUACAGUUUGGACACACGUAGCUGACACUUCUCUGAAAGUCUCACCGUGACUCAGAAGCCUGAUUUGUGCCUCUUUAUAGAAAAAAAAAGACCUACGAUACAUUAAACAUAAAAAUUUGAAGAAUAAA